UUUUUCAGGUGUUGAAUCUCUAGACUCUCCACUCGGCUCCCUUCACUAGUUUCCUCUGCAGCCAAGUUAGGGCUCGUCUUCAUGACUUAACUUCUACUACCUCUGUCAAUCUACUGAGUUCGGCAAUAAUGAAUGGUUCUUGUGUAAACUUGGAAAAUCCCAUCGGAGACGCGAUUUCCAGGGUCCAAUUCGCUCCCCAAUCUAAUAAUCUCCUAAUUUCUUCUUGGGACUCCUGCAUUCGAUUGUACGACGUCGAUAGCUCUCUGCUAAGAUUUGAAUCACCCAACGAGGCUGCGCUUCUCGAUUGCUGCUUCGAGAACGAUUUCACUGCUUUUAGCGCUGGCUCAGAUGGUUUAAUUACAAGGUAUGAUUUGCAUGAAGGAGUGCGUUAUACUAUUGGAAAUCAUGAUGAUUUAGCGACAUGCAUUGGAUAUUCUGGGGAAACACAUCAAGUAGUUUCUACCAGUUUGGACAAGAGGAUAAUGUUCUGGGACGUACGGCAGCCCCAAACUCUUAUAUGCGCAAGAAACUUGCAUUCAGAUGUGAGCUCCAUGGCUCUAUCAGGGUUUGACUUGGUUGUUUCACUUGGGGCAUUAGUGUAUUUAUUUGACUUGCGCAACUUAGACCAACCAGUUCAAUCCAAUGAAUCACAAGUGGAAGUUCAAAUAAGAUGUGUCAGCUCAAGUCCUUAUACUAAAGAAUAUGCAGCAGGAUCAGUAGAUGGACGGGUAGCACUGGAAACCUCCUCUAGAUCCAGUUUAAAUAAGACAGGAUACAUUUUCCGAUGUCAUCCAAAGUCAAGGGAUGGAAGAUUUCAUCUGGUAUCAGUGAAUGACAUCAGAUUCAAUCCAGUCAUCAACGGUGCUUUUGUCACUGGUGAUAACGAGGGAUAUGUUAUUGGUUGGGAUGCUCAAAGUAAAAGACGACUAUUUGAGUUGCCUAAAUUCCCAAAUAGUGUUGCAUCCAUAUCUUACAACCAUGGGGGACAACUUUUGGCUGUUGCAUCAAGCCGCACUUACCAGGGCGCUAAUGAAAUAGAAGAGCCUCCUCAACUAUUCAUGCAUAAGGUGGAUGGUUCAAUUUCUGGUGGAAGCUCAAGUAGGACAUAAGAAUGUGCUUGGCAAUGAAAAGGAAGUAGAGACCCUGCAUUGGUGGGUAACCAACAUAUUAAUUGAG